UGCUCCCUGCUCUAGUCUCGUCUGGGAACGUCGAAAUAGAGAGAGAAAGACUAAACAGGUGGUCAGAAAUGCAAGCGAACAAUGUCGUCCCUGGAGAUAAGGUGAAAGAUCGUUCGGUCUCAUCUCUUUAAGGAUUAAAAACCACAGAAACUUCAUGUUUCAGCUGACGUUCAAAGAGAGAAUUUAUCGUCGGUUUCCCUCCGAUUCUGGGCAAAAUAUAUCGGAUAUUAAACUAUGAAAGUGACGGUGUGUUUUGGAAGGACUAGGGUGGUGGUACCGUGCGGAGAUGGAAAUAUCAAAGUCCAUACUCUCAUCCAGCAAGCCGUCAUGAGAUACAAAAAAGCCAUUGCAAAGGAUGCCAGCUACUGGUUACAGGUGCACCGGUUGGAGCAUGGGGACGGAGGUAUUCUCGACCUGGAUGACUUGCUGUCUGAUGUGGCUGAUGACAAAGACCGGCUGGUGGCUGUGUAUGAUGAACAGGACCCUCACCAUGGAGGCGACGGCACCAGCUCCACGGGAACCCAGAGCCCCGACCUGUUCGCCACAGAGCUCAACUCCAGCAACAUGUCCGCUUUCCAGCCCUACCAGGCCGCCAGCGAGAUAGAGGUCACUCCGUCCGCCCUUCGAUCCAAUAUGCCCCUCCAUGUGCGUCGCAGCAGUGACCCGGCCCUGGCGACGAUCAACGGGCCGUUCAGCGACCCCCGCGUGACCCUGCCGCCAGAGAAACCGUCCAGGAAGAACCCCACCCGCUGGUCCACCACGGCUGGCUUCCUCAAACCACGGCGCUCUGUAGGAGGCACCGGCACUGGCACCAACAGCCUGGAGAGAAAGGGUAAUGGUCCGGACACGUACCGUAGUCUCCCCCGGGAUGCAGGCACGUGUGGCAACCAGAGAGAGUUCCAGAGAGAGACGGCCCGCUCCUCCUUGAGCGCCAACCACCCCAUGGUAGACCGCUGGCUGGAGAGACGGGAGCAGGAUGAGGAGGAGGAGAACAGCAGGAUCGAGCCGAUUGGCCGAGCUGAUUCCUGUAUGGACCACACCCCUCUGAGGUCCCUAGAUGACAUUGUAAAGCUGGUAGAAGUCUCCAAUGAUGGCGGGCCCUUGGGGAUCCAUGUAGUACCUUUCAGUGCCCGGGACCGCAGGACUCUAGGCCUGUUGGUCAAGCGCCUGGAGAGGGGAGGCAAGGCGCAGGAGCAGGGUCUGUUCCAGGAGAACGACUGCAUCGUACGCAUUAAUAAUGGAGACCUGCGGAACAUCCAUUUUGAACAAGCCCAGAACAUGUUCCGCCAGGCCAUGCGUUCCCCAGUCAUCAUGUUCCACGUCGUUCCCAACCUGAUGAAGGCCCAGUACGAGCAGCUGUCACACAGCGAGAGGAACCCCAACGUGGCCUACUCCUCUGGACGCUUCAGCCCCGACUCCCUAGCUAGCGAGAGAGGCAGCACCACCUCAGGCCUAGACCACACCCCACAGUCCCGGGGUCCCCACCCCCACCCUCACCCGGAGCAGGGAGACGCAUACACUCCUCUACCCCACCCCCAUGGGGGCUCCAUGGGCAAGCCCCCAUCCGGCCACGCCCCCUCCCCGCACAGGAUGCUAAACUCAACCCCCACGGCGGGCUUCACCAAAAAGGUUGGCAGGAGACUCAACAUCCAGCUCAAGAAAGGUCCAGAGGGUCUGGGUUUCAGCAUCACUUCGCGCGACGUCCCCAUCGGCGGCUCGGCGCCCAUCUACGUGAAGAACAUCCUGCCCCGAGGAGCUGCCAUCCAGGACGGACGCCUCAAGGCUGGAGACAGGCUGCUGGAGGUGAAUGGAGUGGACUUGGUUGGUCGGACCCAGGAGGAAGUGGUCGCUCUGCUGAGGGCCACGCCUAUGGGAGGAGCUGUGGGGCUGGUGGUGCUACGUCAGGAGGAGACCUUCCUGAAUGCAGAGCCCCAGAUGCAAAGCCCCAGAGAUUUGCGUCGCUCCGUGAGGGAGGCCGUGUCGGCCACGGAGCCCCACUGGCUGACUGAGAAGGUUGAGGAGGAUGACCUGGUGUUGACCCCUGACGGUACCAGGGAGUUCCUGACCUUUGAGAUCCCUCUGAGUGACUCGGGAUCGGCCGGGUUAGGGGUCAGCGUCAAGGGCAACCGCUCCAAGGAGAACCAUGCUGACCUAGGCAUCUUCGUCAAGUCCAUAAUCAAUGGAGGAGCUGCCUGCAAGGAUAGACGGCUGCGGGUCAACGACCAGCUGAUAGCGGUGAACGGCGAGUCAUUGAUAGGCAAGACCAACCAGGAGGCCAUGGAGACGCUAAGGAAGUCCAUGUCGGUGGAGGGCAACAAACGCGGGACGAUUCAGCUGAUAGUGGCCAGGAGGGUCACCAAACGCAGUGAGCUGGAGGCCCCUGGGAGCCCCCUGGGACCGGAGCAGACCCUCCUGAACUCCUCCCUGCUGGACGACCGGGAGCGUCGUAUCUCCCACUCCCUGUACGGAGGCAUAGAGGGCCUGGACGACAACCUGAUGCCACAGCAGGCUCUGAUGGGCAGGAUGAUGGGUAACUACCAGCUCUCCCCAACGGUCAACAUGCCCCAGGACGACACUGUCAUCAUUGAAGACGAUCCCCCUGUACUUCCUGCCCACCUCUCUGACCAAUCGUCUUCCAGUUCCCAUGACGACAUGGGGUUCCAUGUGGAAGUCCCUCCAACUUGGGCCAAAGAUACUCCAAUUCAGAAUGAGAGCACCCUGAGCCCUGAUGACACCAACCCAGAUGGAGCCUUUCAGAGGGAGGGUUUCGGCAGACAGAGCAUGUCAGAGAAACGGACAAAGCAGUUUGGAGAUGCCAGUCAGCUGGAAAUCAUCAAGACACGCAAGUCCAAGAGCAUGGAUCUAGUAGCCGACGAGAUUAACCUCACCCCUCGCAAAGAGAACACAGCAGGGUCUUCCACCAGGGACGUGGGUCCCUCCCUUGGCCUCAAGAAGUCCAGCUCUCUGGAGAGUUUACAGACCGCCGUUGCCGAGGUGACGCUCAACGGUGACAUGCCCUUCCACAGGCCACGCCCACGCAUAAUCAGGGGGCGGGGCUGUAACGAGAGCUUCCGGGCUGCUAUUGACAAGUCUUACGACAGGCCAGCAGCCACCGAGGAGGACGACGAGGGCAUGGAGACAUUGGAGGAGGACACCGAGGAGAGCUCUCGGUCCGGGCGCGACUCCGUGUCCACUGUAGCAGAUCUGACCCCACUGCCCAACACAGAGAGACCGCUGGCCAACGGCAACCGCGCCAAUGAAGACAAGAAGAAGGACAAAGGAGGGAAGGACAAAAAGAAGCCAGACCGGGACAAAGAGAAGGACAGCAAGAACAGAGCUAAGAAAGGCAUGCUGAAAGGACUGGGCGACAUGUUCAGGUUUGGAAAACACCGCAAGGACGGAGAGAAACUAGAGCGCAAAGGGAGGCUGGAGGAGCUGCAAGCCUCAGAAGAAGAGACACUGAGGAUGAAACUAGAACAGGAGAGGAUCCAGGCUAAGACCCGGGAGCUGCGGGAGCGCCAGGCACGGGAGAGGGACUAUGCUGAGAUCCUAGAUGUCAACCUGAGCCGAGACGAGGAGCACCCCUACGCAGGCAUCGGGCCCCUGGACACGUCCCUGGACAGCGGGCACAGCCGGCCCCAGAGCCCCCGAGACAACCACCAUCAAGAUUCCUCCCUGUACACACAAGUCGGCAAAACCCGCAAUGCAAAUGGACGCCCUCCCUCCGCUGACAGCAACAGACUAGCGCCUAGCAACCACGACCGGAUACAGCGGCUGAGACACGAGUUCCAGCAGGCCAGGGGAGACGACGACCCUGACGACCGGAGACGCACCUACAGCUUCGAGCAGCCCUGGCCCAACAACACCAACACAGGCCCAAGCCCGUACCAGACAGACGGACAACAGACAGGCCGACACUCUGUGUCUGUAGAGGUGCAGAGACAGAGACAGAGGCAGGAGGAGAGAGACGCCUUCCAACAGGCGCAGAGACAGUACAGCUCCCUGCCACGGCAACCCAGGAAGAACCCCAGCUCCAUCUCGCAGGACUCCUGGGACAAGGUCUACCCGCCGGGUGAUGGCUUCCAGACGGCCAAGGAGAACCCUCGCUACUCUAGCUACAAGGGUUCCAGAAACGGCUACCCGGGGAUGAGCGGCGUGAAUGCCCGCGUCCUCCUGGAGGCCCAGGAGCUGCUGAGGCAGGAGCAGAGACGCAGGGAGCAGGAGGCCAAAGGGAAGCAGCUACUGCUAGCGCCCACGCAGGAACACCCCGGGAACAACACCUAUGACGGUUACUCGGCUCACAAGGACCCUGUGUCGCCUAAGGGCCCCUAUAGACAGGACGUACCCCCCUCGCCCUCCCAGCUGGCCAGGCUCAACAAGCUGCAGGGGCCCGAGAAGGGAAGGCCCUUCUACUCCUGAGGGAACAGAGGAAAGGGGAAGGGACAGGGCUUCCAAGAGGAGGCCACAAUUUGUGGCGCUGGAUAUGGACAACUUGAGGAGCUGCUUAGCAGCAACUCCUGAGGAGAUGGGGACAGGACAGACAAGAGGGGCCACUGUUGUGGAAGAUGUGGACAACUUGAGGAGCUGCUUAGCAUAGAAUGGGGAAGCUCCUUCUACUCCUGAGGGGAUAGGGGUAAGGAUAGGGACAGGCAAGAGGGGGCCACAGUUGUGGAAGAUGUGGACAACUUGAGGAGCUGAUUGGCCGAGAUUGAUCUAAGAAGAGUUAUGGACUGCACAGUGGGUGUUUGAAUUAAUGGCUUACCCUGAAUGUGACCUCUUAGUCUUCCAUUCAGUCCUAGUCAGUCAUGUUCCCCUCCUACAGACUGCUUGUUGUUAAGUGAGACUUUCUGUAUUUAUGGUCACAAUGCUUUCUGGGUAGUAGUGUUGUGUGAUUCACAGACAUCUGUUACCCUCACGCUCUGACAAUCAAACAGAUAGGCAAACGGCCGUUAUUUUAAGCCAUGGACAAGUGUGUAUGUGUGGGUGUGUGUGCCUUUGUGCAUGCGUGCAUGUGAGAGAGACCGUGUGUCUGAGUGUGAGUGAGCGAUGUGCGAGUGUGGUGUGGUCUCCAUCAUUGACACUUCCAUUGUGGUCUGGUGUUGUUAACCAUGGCUCCUACAUGACCUGUCACCCCUGCCCCUUGCCCACCCCUGGCCAGGAAAAACCCCUGGGCUGCCUAGACAGUACUACUCUAACACUAAAUCAAAAUAACAACGCUGAGCUUCUCUCAAUAUUCUAUUUAUCUGUUUUAAUCGUUUUUGUCUUUAUGAGAAGCCCCUUCAGUAGUCCCCAGAGGGUUCGAGAAAAGAGAGAGGGAGUGGAAAGAGAGGGAGUGUGUUAAAGGAGGGGGAGAAGGAGGGCAUAGCACUGGUUAUUAAUGAAGGCCCCUCAUAAAUGAUUCAUGUGUGUGUCGUCUCCACAGAGAGUGAGAGAGAGGUCUCUGAUCCACUGCCUGGCCUCUCUGCUCUGGGCACGGCUAACCUGGCCUGCCUGUCUGCCUGUCUCUGGCUCCAUCCUCUCCUCCUCCCCACCUCUCCUCUUCCCCCGUCAGCCCUGCACUGAAUUUUUCAUCACAAGCCACCUGCUGCCUGCCACAGCCAAAGAACAGAACACAGUCGCAAGAGGCUGUUCCGGAGUGGAGGGCCACAUCACGGUUUCGCUCCACAAAGAAACAGAAAGAGAGACAAUCGGAAUACUGAUGCAAGAUUUCGGUUUAAUCGACCCAUCUUCCUUUGUUAAUAAAAAUAUGAAAUUGUGUUUGAGUGGUAGUUGCGUUCAGCUGCCGUAUAGCUGGGAACUAGUGAGUCACUCUCCUCUUGUAUAUAAUGGGCCUUUAAUGUGACGAUGCUCGGAUGUCUAUGAAAUGUACAGAAUGGUGGAGAUGAAUGCAACCGAACAAAGGAGAGUGUGGUGAACACACAAAAGGGGAAAAAAAGAAAAUGACUGGCGUAUGUACUCUGUCGCCUCGUGGUAUACUAUAACAGAAGUGUCUGGCACCUCGCUGCUUUGGAGAUGUGCUUCAAUGUGUUCUCCCUACGCCAAGUACAGUCAUAUGAAAUGCAUUAGCUUCCAUUUGUGAGUUAACGCGGACUGCGUCCCAAAUGGCACUCUAUUCCCUACAUAGUGCACUACUUUUGACCAGAUCCCUAUGGUUGAGCGAAAUAAUUUUGAGUGCCAUUUGGGACUCAGGCCAUGGUGUGAGAGAGCGAACUCCCUGUAUCAGCUGUUGAACAUGUCUAACAUGGAAAUAAGAGUGUUAUGUCGUCUGCUCUGCAGUACUUCGCCAAUGUCUGCAGUCUGGUGGGAAUCUGUUGUGUGGUGUCCAUUGCUAGCCUGGAUCCAGAUCUCUUUGUGCUGUCUAGUUUACGUCUACGGUCAACGUUGUUAACAGGGGUGUAGGAUGACGUUCCCUCGGCCUAGUCGCUGAUCUUGGGUUAGUUUUGCAUUUCCCUCACUUAUGGUUGUGAUUGGGGGAGGGGAAAGCUGAUCCUAAAUCUGUACCUAGGGAAAACUCGAGCCCGGAUGCAGUUAACAAGACGGCACAAACAGAUCUGGGACCAGGCUAGUUCAUGGCUAGGUUCAGAGGACUAUAAUAAGUGCCUGAGGAGGGAAAACAAUGUGGUCAGAUCCUUUUUGUAGCUAACUGACACACCAAUACACCAAGUAUUUUUCACAUACCGUUUGAAUCUCUUCGGUACAGUAUGUCAUGAUUGUUUUGGGGUACUUUUGUUUCCCUGAAACGCUUUCGUUGAUUGGUUCUAGUUUUUUUUUACAGUGAAAGUUAAAAUAAGCCUCUGCGUUAGGGGAUCAGUCUAUUUGUAUCCCGUCUGACUUCACAAUGCUGUAUGUAUGUAUCACGACGUUUAAAGUAUAAAGCUAUUGUAAGCACAGUGCAAUUGUUUUUCAGACUUUGACCUGAUAUAUUUAGAAAUGUAUACAGACCUUUUUCCUGUACAUAUCACAUUUAAAAUAAAAGGAAGGUGGUUUCAACCUGUUUACAACUGUC